AUGGUGCCGGGGGCUUGCCACCAGCGACAGCCGCAGGUCAACUCCGCGAUGGACUUGGGGCUGAGUUUCUGCAACUGGGAGGAUGUGAUCUGCCCGAUCUGCCUGGAUUUCCCUCACAACGGGGUCCUCCUCCGGUGCUCCUCCUACGACAAGGGAUGCCGCCCGUUCAUGUGCGACACAGGCCACACGCACUCGAACUGCCUCGAGCGCUUCAAGGCCGCCAAUGGGCUGCUGCCCCGGGCCGGUUCGUGGGACCAAGACUGCAAGCCAAAGUGCCCACUUUGCCGAGGGGAGGUGACCGGCUGGGUCGUUGUGGAGGAGGCCCGUACACAGCUCAAUGGUAAGCAGCGGUGCUGUGAGGAGAGGCACUGCUCCUUUGUGGGGGACUACUUUGGCCUGCAGGAGCACGCCCGGGUGGUUCACCCACACUCGCGGCCGUCGGAGAUUGACCCCGCUCGGAAGAUUGACUGGGAGCACUUCCAGCAGUCCUCUGAGAUCAUUGACGUGAUCAGCACCAUCCACUCGGAGGUCCCUCAUGGGGUUGUGCUUGGGGACUAUGUUAUUGAGUACGGGGACGACGACACUGGCGAUGAUGAGUAUGAGGACUUUCCAGGGGACGACGGCAACUGGUGGACGUCUUGCAUCCUGUAUCAGGUCUUUGAAAACUUCCGGGCCUCGAGGAACCGGCGGAGGGCCCGGGUGGCGGAGUCCCGGAGGGGGCAGCAUCGGGGUGGCUAUGAUGUCUCCAUGGCCGACGAGGGCUCCUCCUCCUCCGUGGAUACAGUUGACUUCAGGUUUGACGAGACCGAUGACGAGUUGACCGGGACAAACGCUGUUGCUAUCCAAUCCAGGGGAGGCUCGAGCCACAGCAGGUUAGUGAGUGGUCCUUGA